GUCCUCUUGUGCUCAUUCCCUCUUACUGUGUCUCAGCCUUUUCCUCCAAGUGGCUCUAACCCCUGGGGUUGUGCCCCGCGCGCUGCAACCCCAUUGGCGCAGCCAAGGGCCAGUUAUGUUUCCUUAUACUGGUCCUUUUAUCCCGCGGCAAGUUUGCCGUCUUUUGGACAAGACAGAGAUGCCGACUUCAACCCCACAGGAGGGCAGCCAUUUUGGGGGGUGCUGAUGGAUACCUGCGGGGUCGGCUAUGUUGCCCUGGGGGAGGCCGACCCCGUGGGGAGCAUGAUUGUGGUAGACUCUCCUGGACAAGAAGAACUAAGCCAGGAUGUCAAGGCUUCCUCAGAAAUGUCCGGUGUGGAGGCUUCCAUUGAGAUGUCACUACCUCCUCCUUUGCCUGGAUUUGAGGAUUCUUCUGACAAGAGGAGGCUUCCUCCAGAUCAGGAAAGCCUCAACAGGUUGGAACAGCAAGAUAUUUCUUCAGAGAUGUCAAAGGUCUCAAACACUAGGGCCUCAAAGCCUUCCGGGAGGAGAGGUGGUAGGACAGCAAGAGGCGCUAAAAGGCCUCAGCAACGUAAACCUCCAUCUACCCCUCUGGUUCCUGGUCUCUUAGAUCAGUCCAACCCUCUGUCCACCCCCAUGCCUAAGAAACGAAGUCAAAAGUCCAAGGGAGACCUGCUACUAUUGAAGUUGUCCAAAGGCCUAGAUCAGCCAGAGUCUCCACAUCCAAAGAGGCCCCCCGAGGACUUUGAGACCCCUUCUGGGGAACGACCCCGCCGAAGGGCUGCCCAAGUGGCACUUCUAUACCUUCAGGAACUAGCUGAAGAGCUCUCCACAGCCCUGCCUGCACCGCCACUGUCUGGUCCUAAGAGUCCCAAGGUGAGCAGCCCCACGAAGCCGAAGAAGACCCGGCAAGCAUCCUCUCAGGGUGAAGAAGACAGAAGCACUCGGGAUGAAGACUUUGUUCUCCAGGUCGAGGGUGAAGAUGAAGAAGAAAGUGAGGCCCCAAGUGAAAACUCGUCUGAUCCGGAGCCUGUUGCACCCCGAAGCACCCCACGAGGACCUGCUGCAGGGAAACAGAAACCACAUUGCCGGGGCAUGGCUCCCAAUGGCUUACCCAAUUACAUCAUGGCUCCUGUUUGGAAGUGCCUCCACCUCACUAAGGACCUCCGAGAACAGCACCAUUCAUUCUGGGAGUUUGCUGAGUGGAUUCCAGUAGCCUGGAAGUGGCAGUUGUUAUCUGAACUUGAAGCGGCUCCCUACUUGCCCCAGGAGGAGAAGUCUCCCCUGUUUUCUGUACAAAGGGAAGGGAUUCCUGAGGAUGGCACGAUCUACCGAAUAAACAGAUUUAGCUCGAUCACAGCACAUCCAGAGCGCUGGGAUGUGUCCUUCUUCACAGGGGGACCACUCUGGGCUCUGGACUGGUGCCCAGUGCCUGAAGGGUCAGCAGCUUCACAGUAUGUGGCCCUUUUCUCCAGCCCUGACAUGAAUGAGACACACCCACUGAGCCAGCUUCAUUCAGGCCCUGGGCUGCUGCAGCUCUGGGGUCUUGGGACAUUGCAGCAAGAAAGCUGUCCUGGCAACAGGGCCCACUUUGUCUAUGGGAUUGCUUGUGACAGUGGCUUAUACUGGGACCUCAAGUUCUGCCCCAGUGGGGCAUGGGAACAUCCAGAAACCCUUCGGAAGGCUCCUCUCCUGCCUCGCCUGGGUCUCUUGGCUCUGGCCUGCUCAGAUGGGAAGGUACUGCUGUUCAGCCUGCCGCAUCCUGAGGCCCUCCUGGCACAGCAGCCUCCAGAUGCUAUGAAGCCUGCCAUCUACAAGGUCCAGUGUUUGGCAACUCUUCAGGUAGGGUCUGUGCAAGCUUCAGACCCCUCUGAGUGUGGUCAGUGCCUUAGCCUGGCUUGGAUGCCUACCAGGCCUCACCACCACCUGGCUGCUGGAUACUAUAAUGGUAAAAACAAAACAGAGACCUGUUGCUCUUUAAGCUUUACAUAUGCUUGGGUUUGGAUGGUGCUUACUUUGCAUGGCCUAAGCCCAAUCCCCACGGAAGACCAAGACUACUCCUCGACUUCCUCUGAGACCCCCAAUCCUCCCAAAGCGAGAACCUACACUGAAACCAUCAACCAUCACUACUUGCUCUUUCAAGAUACAGAUCUGAGUUCCUUCCACAAUCUGCUUCGUAGAGAACCAAUGCUUCGCAUGCAGGAAGGAGAGGGACAUUCUCAGCUUUGCCUUGACAGGCUGCAGCUUGAAGCUAUUCACAAGGUACGCUUCAGCCCAAACCUGGACUCCUAUGGAUGGCUGGUAUCUGGGGGGCAGUCAGGGUUGGUUCGGAUCCAUUUUGUUCGUGGACUCACCUCCCCGCUGGCCCACCGUGUACAGCUUGAAAGCCGAGCCAACUUCAAUGCUAUGUUCCAACCAUCCUUUCCAACUGAAGGGCCUGGUUUCUCUCCAAGCAGCCAUUGCCUUCUCCCCAAUCCCUANUCUGGUCCACACAGAACUCUUGGAUUGAAGUCUGCCAAGAACAAAUGGCGCCCAUGCAUAGAGCAUAGGACCUGGGCCCUUCCUGGACAGUGAUGGUGCCAGGCCUAAAUCUUUAGGCCUACAUGCCCCAAACUCCUUAAAUCCCUCUCCUUCCACAGACUUCUAUGGUCACAGCUCCCUGCAGGUAGGGGGGCUUCCCCUCCACAACAAUUCCUAUGCCUAAAACCAUGGCUCACAAGAAACACUCAGGCCAAACCUAGGCUUGGGAGUCAAAUUGCUCAUAUUGAGCAUAUUGUGAAGGAGGUAAAGCUAAGUAAAGGUACUGGGUGUUUUUGAGAGCA